AUGGCAGACGCUAAUGUAAGUGUAGUACUGAGCUGAAACGAAUCGGCUGAUACACUUGGCGCUUCGAAUGGGGGGGCCUUCCUACUUGCUCUGCUCGGUCUAGCUACUGUGAGAGGGUCCAGCGCAGCAAGAGCUGCUCUCACGCUCGCUCGGCGUAGAGAUUUGGGGCUGGCACGUGGGCUGCACCGCUUAGAUGACAUGUUCAUCAGGCUGCAGCAUGCUUGGUGGACGUGGGCAGCCGAAACAAAUGAGCAUCAGGAACUCCAAAACGGCAUCGGAUGCGCGGGUAGUCGGCCGAUGACCGAUCCGAGAGCGGUGGCUCCCGAUCACGAAUAGGGAUCACUCAAAGAUGGGUUUGCUACUUUGGCGGAAUGGAGCUAUAGGUAGCAGCCUUCGAGACGGCUUUGCACACGCUUGUCGAGCUGCUUCGGACAAUGCUAGCUGGAUGGCGUCAUUUCUUGGGCCAGGAAAGGAGGGUGGGAGGGAGAAAGAGAGAAAGAGAGGGAGAAGGAAGGGGUGCUCCAGGCGACGACAAUCGAGGUGGGCGGGUGUCGACCAACGUGCAACAGAUUGCUGCCACCACGUGUGGAUUGAGUCAGUGCAAUUGACUGCGCAUCAGCCCUUUAAUGGCUGCGCCUGGGCAUGCCAUCAGAGGAUCACCACAAACACGUGGCGGAACGAGGGCGCACAUCACCAUCCCUCGAGCUGCAUGCACUACACGAUCGUCGUCUGACAUGCUUUGCCGAAACGUUGCGCCUCCCGCUUCUCUUGCGCUUGCUGAGCUUCAGGCGAAUACUUGGUGCUCGGGAGUUGCUGCAGGCGCAAUGAGGGGCCCUCGGCGUUAGGAGCAUGGGACUGGCGUGACCAAGCCUCGCGUCUGACGUCGAGUGAUCACGAGCUCUGCAUGGCUCGUGCUAGGCUACAAAAGCGGCAAUAUCUCGAGCACUCGUGUCUUCCUCUUCACCAAGCGUCCAAACAAGACUACCUGACCUGACCUCUUGCCCAAUAUGUCUUCCCCCGCUUCUCAGGCUGCAUCCACCUCUUCUCCGCCUUCCUCACCUCCUGGCGGCGGCGCAGAUGUGGGAGACUCGAUCAACCCAGAAAUCAUAGACAUGGACAUCUUCAGCCAACUGCUCGAGAUGGACGACGAUGAGGACGAUAGGGAAUUCUCGCGAGAAAUCGUCUGGAAUUACUUUGAUCAGGCUGCGGCUACAUUUGUCAAGAUGGACAAGGCACUGUAAGUCGUCGCGAUGUUGUUGUUGUUCAGGUGCCAAUGGGCAAGCGAAGCGAAGCACGUUGCUUCUCGACUCUGAUGUGCUGAGACAGCUGACCAUUCACCUCCCCUGCUUUGUCUCAUCCGUAGCGAGGAAAAGAGUCUGCUCGAGCUUUCCACCUUGGGUCACUUCUUGAAGGGAUCAUCUGCAGCAGUCGGCGUAUCGAAAGUACGGGACUCCUGCGAAAACAUGCAGCACUACGGCAAGCAAGUGGAGCCUGACGGGGCGACGGAGAUUACGGAAGAAGUCGCUCUGGAGAAAUUGACUGCAACUUUGAAGGAGGUCAAAGUGCAGUACAAGGAAGCAGAGGAGGCGUUGAGGGCAUUUUACAAGGCUCACGAGGGUGACGAUGGCGAUGCAGAUGAUUGA